AUGCUUAAAACAUGCGAAUAUAUACAAAUAUAUAUAUGUAUACACUCUUUCUUCACAGCCGUUUUCUCCAGCUUUCACAAAAUCUAAUCGAUUAUGUUCUUGAUUGAACUAAAUUCAACUACCCAAUUCCCAUAUGUAUACACAUGUAAUGUAUAUCUAUAGGUUCCACCACAAAAACCUGCUCUUUUUUCACCCCAUAUUUCUCCCCCAAUUCAAUUUCCCCUUUCAAAACUAUGUGUUCUGUACACCCACUUGAUCAACUUUACAUUUUUACUCAAAUUCAUACUUUUACAGUGUUAGGGUGAGCUGAAUUUUGGUCCAAGAUGGUUCAUACGCAGUUUGUUUGGUCUCACGGAGGCAAUCAGGUCUUCUUGUGUGGAGAUUUUACUGGGUGGGUUAAGUAUCAGCAGAUGGUUCCAGUUGAAGGAUCGGCGAUGACGUUUGUGACGAUUUGCGAUCUUCCGCCCGGUUAUCAUAAGUUUAAAUUCCUGGUUGAUGGAGUGUGGAGGGUUGAUCAUCAACAAUUUUUUAAAGAAGAUGAGGACGGGAUGAACAACAUUAUUCUGGUCAAACCACCCGAGAUUAUGAUUCAACCAUUGGUGGUUGAUGAUAGUGGUUUACCAAUCAUGGAUAUUGAUGGUUUGGAUGAUCACCACCAUGCUCAUAAUGCUUCAACGUCAAGCAAUAUACCUCAUGAAACUUUCCUGCCGUUAAGGGCUGAAGACAUAGAAACAACCCGUAACCGUUUAUCUCAACAUCUGUCAUCUUACCAGGUUGAUGAGUUGAUUCCAGAUUCAGGCAAGGUAUUUGCGUUGGAUGCUAAUUUGAGCGUGGAAGAUGCCUUUCUCAUUAUGCAUGCGGAGGGCCUUGCUGUUGCUCCCCUUUGGGAUGAAGCCAACCAUCAGAUUUCCGGGAUGCUAACAGCAUCCGACUUCAUUAUGAUUUUAAUGGAGUUACAAAGAAACCAUGCAAUGGUUGUUAAUCGCGUGCUCGAAGUAUCGUCUAUCUCUGCUUGGAAGGAAGGAAAACUUCAACUUCAACGAAGGCCGUUAAUCAAAGUUGAUCCCGAUGAGACCUUGAGUGCAGUUGCAUAUAAAAUCUUGCAGAAUCACAUAUCAUCGGUUCCUGUGGUAUAUGUGGCACAAGGUGCAACUUUUCCACAAUUGCUUCACGUUGCAUGCCUAAGUGGACUCUUAAAACAUAUAAACAGGCAUUUUGAAUAUCGUAUUGGUUAUUUGCCUCUUUUGCAACAACCGAUUGGCUCUCUACCAAUAGGUAGUUGGAUCCGAGAUAUAGGUGGUGCACGUGAAUUGCUAACGUUACUCUCACAUGAACCUUUAAGUGAUGCUUUGAGAUUGUUACUUGACGAACAUAUAAGCUCGGUGCCAAUUGUUGAUAGUAAAGGAACCCUUGUUAACAUUUUCUCCAGAAGUGACAUCACUUCAUUAGCGAAAGGCAAUGUAUAUGCUCGCAUCCAACUUGAUCGUGCAACUGUAGCUCAAGCACUGCAACUGGUAGAUAUGAAAGCCCAUUCUAGAUUUGAGACAUGUACUCGCUAUGAUACUUUACAACGGGUCAUAACUCUUCUUUCUGAUCCAGGAGUGCGGCGUGUAGUGGUGGUUGAAGGUGGCACCCAACGCGUGUUAGGGUUAAUCACAUUGAGAGAUGUAUUUUCUCUCAUUUUUAUAGAUUCCCGUUAAGUUUUCUUUUCUGUAUUAUCUAGUGAAGUUUUUAGAAAAGUUAUGUAAUUAUAUGGUAAGUUAUCUUUCAAGAAGUAUACAAUCGUUUCUAUGUUACAUUUAGUUAUGUUAAAGGUUAUGGUAUUUAAUAGAACUCCAUUGUCUUUUCGGAAAA